AUGCGUGUCCGCCUAUACAUUUUUCGCCUCCAGGAGCUGCUCUCCAGACGGUCAGAAUUCGACGAACUACAUGCAGCCACCGUCGCCAGAUGUGAAAAACUGCGUUGUUUACCCUCUGAAGUGACAUCUCAGGAAAGUGGACUAGGAGAACUUUUCCAAACUAUCCGGUCAGAUGUGAUUCAUCUAGAAAGUCAAAUGAACACGGUUGAACAAUUUGUUCUUAAGAUGCAGCGAUUAGAUAGGUUGGUGGACGAUAUUGUGCACGCGGCUACUGGUCCAAGCCAGCCAAAUGUUGCGUGGACUAAGCUGAAUGACGCAUUAACUUUCUACACGAAUGAACUGCAAGCUCUGCAGGAUACGGCUGGAACCUUGGACUUUAAAAUGCAACCUGCAAAGACCGCUUCGAUGUGGAAGUCCCCAGAGUUUUGGCACCUGAGCCAAGAAGUGAUCGCUGCGAUUGACCACCUAAAAGAUGCACCUGAGUUGAUUCGAGACACACUUCGUGCCAUGUUGGCGAACUGGCAAUCAAAGGUCAAUCAAGUCAAGUCACUGGUGGUCAGUCGUGCUACAGCAACAGACAAAUUGGUUCGUGCCCUGGAGAUCAUACUUGCUUGUGAAACAGAAUAUCUGGCAUUUUUUAAGCCAUUGGACGAAGAAUUAUCCGAGUUGAAACGACUGACUUCUGUAAACUCAUUAGAUUCCUCAAUCAAAUCGAUGAAAAAUUUGUUAAACAGAUUGAAAUCAGAUGGAGCGGUCCUUCGAAUUUCAUUGACAGACGCUGUGGUAAAGGUAACUAGCGCUGCGGCCGACGUAAUCGGUAGAAACCAAGAGACAUACGAAAAACAGAUUUGUUCUUUACUGGACAAGGUCGUCUCAAACUUUGACAAAAGAUUUGAUGAUCUACAAUCACGAUUGGUCCAACUCCUAGAGGAACGUACAAAUCUAGCUCAGUCGGAAAAGGGAUUUCAAACUGAGAUGGAGGUCAUCCUGAAGGAGCUAAAUUUACUUCAAUCCGAAGCUAAUCAAAUGCUAGCGGCUGUAGAGGAAUCUGUGGAUCUGACCGGUUUCAAGAACGAUGAUAGUCGGCUGAAAGGCCUCACCAACAGGCUAGAAAAAGUUACACUGGACGUCACGAAUUUAAGUAACAAACUUAAUCAGAUGAGCACUUCAAGCCCGGAAAUGAGAAUGCAACUACAGCAGCUAGAAGACAGAUCGGCGUUAAUUUCAGAGGCUGUGAAAAAAUGCCGACAACUUCAUGGGGAGAAAGAAGCCACUUUCGCUGCCUACGAGCUAGCUUUGGAGCGGUACAACAGGGCUUAUCAUCAAGUAGAACAACGUAUCGCUCAUGUUCUUGGUUGUGCUGAUGAGCGCAUGGGAGACCUUCAAUCACCUAUAUUGAGGCCGCGACUAUCGCAACAACUGAAGGAUCUUCAGAAACUAAUAGAAGAGCUGUUACUUGUUCAAACGAUACUCAAGACAAAACGAUCAAGUGUCGGUUUAUCAUCCUCUACUUCCAGUUUAUGUACGGCAGCGAUCGAGUUGGUUGAAAGUGCAAAUGAAUUACGACCAGUUUACGAACAAACGGUAUGGCUGAAUCUCGAAAGGGACUUGGAAGCACAGUUAAGUCGCCUUAUGAUGUCAAAAGAUCAAGUGAACAGUAUGAAACAGCGGUUGACAGAAUGGGAUUCAAGAAUGAAGUCACUUGAGGCAGACUUACAUCACUUAGAGCGAGAAAUUCGAAGUUUACCAGCUGCGGAGUUUACGGGAUCCGUCGGCGCUGCUGACCGUAAACGUGAUAUGCAACAAACGUUGGAGAAGGUUCAAGUCAUACAACAGAAUUUUCUGCCAGAGAUGAAGGCAAGGCUCGACUCUCUGCAAAACAUUGGGGAUGAGGUUCUUCAGACGGAUUCGAAUUUCUUGAUAACGUAUUCAGAAGAUGGACAGUCCGCCACAAACAGACUGCGGAGGGCAGCUGAUAACCUGGAGAACAUAUCGCGACUUGUAGAUGGCUUAAAUUAUCGAUUUCAAAAAAUACAACAGGAUGAAGAACGUUUACAAAUAGCUCUAAAGUCAGUUGAAGAGUGGUCCAACAGAUUUAAUGGAUAUCUCAGUGAUUUAGAGAAGGGUCUUCUAACCGCCGAGCCGCAAGACACAGUCACAAAUUUAUGGGCGACAGCAAGUGGGAACCAGCAGUGCAGAAAUCGCUUAAAUCAACUGGAAGCUGAAUUGAAACAGGGUGAAUGUAUGCUCAGAGAACUGACAGGAAGUUCCAGUAUGCCCGCACCUGGAACUUCAAAAAUUAAAUACGAUGAAGUGUACAACUGCAUCCACAAUACCUACCCAGCCCGUAUGCAAAAGAUUGCGUCUGAGUUGAAUAGGUUGAAGAGAGAUCUCGAGGCCUACAACUUACAGGUUAGAGAUUCUGAAAGGGCCAUCGGUGUGUUCGUCAAAAGAGCAGAGUCGUUACAAAAUAAUGCGCAUGAAAACGAGGCGAGUAUCAUGGCUACAAGUACGCAAGAUGAGAGGCCUUGGACCGUAUUGAUGGAGGAGCUCAAAUCGUUCUUUUCUUCCGAUNCAACUGGAAAUUUGGAGGAACGUCUCGGUCUCCACGCUGAAAACCGUCACACACAAACACUAAAAAAGCAAGUAGAAGAUAUUCAAACUGAUCUCACAGGUCGUUAUGACCUGCUGAAAAAACAUAACUCUUUAUUACAAAAGUUGCGAAACAUGUUAACUGAGUUUGAGCAAUCUGUGAACAAGGCAUAUGCGGAAGAGAACAAAAUACUGCGAAGCCUACUUUGCCAGUCACAGAGUUAUUCGGAGCCUAGUAAGUUAUGUAUACACCUGGCUACUUCCGCUGAAGCCACGGUCAAACGGCUAAGUGAAUUUGAGAACACCACACUCAAACGGCUGCAUCAGUCAUGGCAACAGAUAACGGAUCAAGCAACGACAGCUAAUUGCACCCAGCGGGUUCUGGAACUUCCAGUUUGCUCUAGGUUAUCGAACUUGGAUGAAGACACUCAAGACAUUUUGGAGGAACUCAAUGCAAUUCUAAAUAGCAUCCAAUCCUUGAAACUAGGAUGGAUGGACUCAGAAACACGAAUUGGUCAAAUAAAAAAGAAUAUCAAAGAGAAACCAUUUUCACUGAAAUACGAAAGUAGUUUUUCUUCGAAAAGAACUGCUACUCAUGAUCAGAUCCAAAACAUACCCACAGAGAAUGAACUGGAACAAGAAGCGCAAAACAAUAUGAAGAAUCUAACCAGGCUACUUUCGUCAUCUCAGCAACAAGGCAAAGAAUUGAAAGACGUUGUUUCAUCACUGCAAAAUGAGAGAACUGCAAUAGAAAGUCUGGAGCAACAACUGGAUAUGGUUACGCGUAGGUUAGCCGCAUUGUCUUCCUACGUGGAAAAGUACGAAGAACGAGGACGUCGUGGUUCACCAUUUCUCAUGGAUGCAAUCUCUAAACCGACCGCCGCUGUUGAAAAUUUCCGAGCUGAAUUACAUCUGCUCAUUGAGAAGUGGAGUACACUGGUUUCCAAGACCCAAACUUGGAUAAACAACUUCGGUCUACUCAUUCAGGCCGUUGGUGAGCUUGAUUCUUGGCAAAUGGAGUUCUAUCGGUCUUUAGCUACCUUGGCAACUGCCGUCUCAACAACAGAAUCCAAGCCAACUUCGACUGAUCACUCCCAUACAAAAUUCCUACUAGAAACUGGAAAAGCACACGUUCAGUCUAUUCGUGAUUGGUGCAAACAGCUAACCGAAUCGGGCAUCGAUGACGUGACCAAUAGUUGUGCCAGGGAUCAAGUGACCAGGGCUGAUCACGUGAUGCGCUCUGUCGUGGGGCACUACAACCGGCUGCUUUGCCUAGGUGAACAGGCAUGUUCAGCACGGAGUGAAGCACUGACGGAAAUUGGGGAGUUUGAAAAGUUGCUUGAAAAUUUGAGAGGAAAAUAUGACCAAAUUAAUUCGGAGGUAAAACACUCUCUUGAAAACAGUGCUUCACUCACUUCCCUGAACAAGAUGGAAAAAGAAAUUCAAAGGUUUCUGUCACCAUUAGACUCAGUGAGCAGCGAAGUGGAACAAAAAAUAGCUUAUCUGACUGAGCAAUCUCCGCGUUGGCUGGAAUUGGGAUUAUUGAACAAAAGCCGAAUGACAAUUCUGGAGCAGAAAACGAGUGGUUUGGCAAAACUUACGAGUGGGUUGAUAAAUCACCUUAAUCAGCUGAAAUCCCAAACCGCUGAAGCCCAUUCCCAACUUAAGAAAGCCAGUCAGUGGGUUUCGGAAAUGACUGAAGUUAUACCCAGGGCACGAGAAGGACAUAGUCCAAUUCGAAUUCCAACGUUUGGACGGCCAACAGAUCGCACAAAGUCCAUUAGGGGAAGGACCCCGACACCCACCCAAAACGCAGGCCACACCCCCUCAUUUAGCCCUGGAUUACUGGGCCAGCAAACACUCGAAAGUUUGGAGAGUAUGAUCCCUGUUGUAUGCAAGGACCGUCUGGAUAUCAUGGACCAGCUGCAAAAAGAGAUUACCAAAAUUGGCCCGAAAAUAAUCGAAGAUGUGACGGCAAUGGCAGAUCAGUUGCAAGCAAAUGUGUUGGCGGUAGGUGUGACAAACGCCCAGGUUUCCGAGGAGGUGGAAUCUUUCCGUGACAGAAUCGAACAAUUGAUAGAAUAUGUGGAUUCUGAAAAACAACAGUUGGUCAGCGUUCUUCGUUUGGCCGAGGAUUUCCAGCAAACCGCCCAGAAAUGGCAGAAAUGGUAUAAACAAUUUUGCCAAAGUCUCAUAGAAGCCAUACAACGUUCCACAGAUGGACUGCACCAUGUGCAAGGAGUGUCUGACCCGAUGGAGACAACUGAGCCCAUCAGUUUGGAUAUUGUCCUUCCAGUGAAUGAAGUCAUACAGAGAUUUAGAACCUUGCUUAAUGAGGUGAUUACCUGGCACAAAGUGCUAGCAAAACUCGAUUCCCAAAGCACCGCUUUACGAAAUCAGUGCCAGGAUUCGAGUGCGCAGCGAUUCCUAUCUGAGGCGUUUGGUCAGCAUGAAGCUUUGCAAACUCAAUUGCAAGAAAUCUCGGUUAAACUGCAGACUCUUCAAGCUGAGGAAUCAUCGUUCAAUCAAUCGUUGAAUGAGCUGCUUCAGUUGCUCAAGCAGUACGACUCUGUACACAGUGAGGACAUUCAAGGUCAGGUGGAUUUGGAGAGAGUUAACAGAAAAUACCGCGAACUGGCUUCACAUCUUGAACAAAAUCAACCAAAACUAAUGGAACUGAGUGACAGAGCAGACCGCGUUUGUCUUGCUGCGUCCAACAGCGUCCUCGGUAUGCACGCUUUACUGUCAAAUACCUUGGUCAGCGCAUCCGAAAAUCCUACUCAACGACUGUUUGACCGAGCACAUCAAGGCUCCCAGCAAUUUGCUCAAAACACGGCUGGUGGUCGGGCAAAACAUGAGCUGCGUGCGACACGGGAACAGUGGACGUCUCUGAAUCAACGUAUUUCUCAGCUUAUUGAUCAAUCGAAUCGGACAAUGGUCCAGCGAGAACUGAAUAAGGAGUGGCUGGCCCGAAACCAGACGUGGUUAAACGAAUUCGAACGUAAAUUGGAACUGUUGGAGCGUUUGUCUGUCGAAUCCAAACUGCAAACACCGGGCGGAUCCCAAAUGCCAGACAUUGAAUGGAACGCCUACGUGGACCAGUACACACAACGUAUCGACUGGCUUCUACAUGUUCGCCAAAAAACACAACGGUUCCGUCAAGCUGUGCAGGAGGCUGAACGAUGGUUGACGAAUAGUAAUCUGAAACUGACUUCAUGUACACAGUCGUUCGGCAGUCCUGAUGAUAUUAACUCAUGGGAGAAGGCUGAGAAUUCUCCAUUCUGGAUACCGAAAUCGAUCGAGAGUGUCGAUCAACUGCUACACGAUAUUGAGGUGAACGGGAAUCAGUUGAUACAACCUGUCCACCAGAUGGCGCAUUUCCUUGUGCAUUGCGCCCUGAAUAUGUUCAAGCACAGGGACUGUGAAAUGACCGACUGUGAGUUGACUGAGACACCCUUUAGUCACGCCACAAUUAGCACGCUAAAAUAUGUGUUAUCAAUGGGGUCUGGACCGUUGGGUACUGUGGCCAGUGAAGCCAUACGAAGAACUGACGAGUUGGAACAAAACCAUGCGACUGUACAUGCUAACGCAAAAGCAUUGAAAUCAGUCGCCUACUUAAACGAAAAGUUACAAUCUCUGGCACUGAACACAGCUGACAAGCCCCCCGCACCCAUGAUCGAGAACCUCAGAGAUUGUGAAGCCCAGCAGAGCCAAACAGUCGCACUACUCAGUCAUCUGGUCACAUUUAAACGCGACAUCGUGAAUGCAGCUCAUGACAUUGGGUUAACGGCGUUCGACACCACUUCAAACACUGGAGCUGGGAACUCGUCUUCCGUGGAACAGCUUGCGAAGAACGUGCUUGUCACAGUUGAUCGGGAAUCUGCGAAGUUAGAAAUCAGGGCUGAUCAACUGCUUGAAUUACACACCCGCUGGACUCGUUAUACACGAGCUCGCGACACUUUUCGGCGCUGGUUGACGGACCAACAAAAAGCCGCCCAACAUCUGCUGAAGGUACCCUCUCAAGAAUCAGAAAUCAAUGACGAGGAUAUCCAAGCCAUUGAGGAAUUCCUGAAAAACUUACGAGACAAAGAGUCCAAACUGAAGGAGGUGAACGCGACUCAUCGUGAGCUGACUGGACAUAAGGAGGAUGUCCACGACAGUGUGCUUGACCAAGUCAAGUCGGAAUUUGAAUUGCUUCUUUCACGUACGGAGGUUCGGUUCCGCUCUGCACAGAAAGAACGUGAAUUGGUGAAGCAGCGCUCAGCGAUGUCCGCCGCGAGAACACAGAAACGCAUUCGAAUGCUGAAUCAACUUGCUCAGUCGGUCCGAAAAAUCAACGAAGAGAUCUUGGUACAGCAAGCGGAAGAUUAUGCAAGUUCCCUCAAAGACACUGCCCGAUUCAUCAUUUGGCUUAAACGGCAAUACUAUUACCAACGUUUUCCACCUGUUACAACCUCAGUUCCCUCAAAGGCGCUGCCCGAUUCAUCAUUUGGCUUAAACGGCUAUCGUCCCCUAUCGUCACUCAGUUCUUUCCCGGCCAGAAACGAAAGAAGUUUGUCAAUUCGAGAUUAUUCUGAUCACACGGGGCGGGCGUCUGUACCAAUGCAAUUGCUGCAACAUCUGACGGAGCGUUCAGACUCGGUCCACACAGGCCCUGAGUAUUGUUCUCAGGUUUUCUCUUCACGUCGCUUCGUGAAACGUCGUAAAACGAGCCCAGCGGAGUCCGGUUACAACGCGGAUCAAGCCCGUUCCUCCCUGACUGCCACACUGCGUUAA